GCGCGCCACAAGACCUGCAGCCACGCAGACGCCUCAGAGCGCCGCCUGGGGCCGGGAGCGGCCGGACCAGCCCGAGUCCUGACCCCGGCCCGGCUCCCGCUCCGGGCUCGGCCGGCGGGCGUGAGGGCGCGGCGCGGCCCGGGUCGGGGUGGGGUGGGGGGGAUGUCUCGGCGGACGCGCUGUGAGGAGCUGGAUGAGUUACACUACCAGGACACGGACUCAGACCUCCUGGAGCAGAGGGACAACAAGUGCAAGGUCAAAUGGACCCACGAGGAGGAUGAGCAACUGAGGGCCCUGGUGAGGCAGUUUGGACAGCAAGACUGGAAGUUCCUGGCCAGCCACUUCCCUAACCGCACAGACCAGCAAUGCCAGUACCGUUGGCUGAGGGUUUUGAAUCCAGACCUUGUUAAGGGACCAUGGACCAAAGAGGAAGAUCAGAAGGUCAUUGAGCUGGUCAAGAAGUAUGGCACCAAACAGUGGACGCUGAUUGCCAAACACCUGAAGGGCCGGCUGGGGAAGCAGUGCCGUGAGCGCUGGCACAAUCACCUCAACCCUGAGGUAAAGAAGUCCUGCUGGACCGAGGAGGAAGAUCGCAUAAUCUGCGAGGCCCAUAAAGUGCUGGGCAACCGCUGGGCUGAGAUCGCCAAGAUGCUGCCAGGGAGGACGGACAAUGCUGUGAAGAAUCACUGGAACUCCACCAUCAAGAGGAAAGUAGACACACGAGGCUUCCCAAAUGAGUCCAGAGACUGCAAACCUGUCUACCUGCUUUUGGAACUUGAGGACAAGGACCGUCACCAGAGUGCCCAGCCCGUGGAAGGCCAGGGAAGUCUUAUGGCUGGCUGGCCGCUGGCGCCCUCUGCUGUGAAGGAAGAGGAGAGCAGUGAGGAGGAGGCUGCAGCAGCUGCUGCUUGUGCUAAACAGGAACAUGAACCUGUGCCUGCUGAUCUGGGCGAAGUGCAUACCCCAGAGCCCCUGGAGCCCCUCAAGCGUGAAUAUCAAGAGGACUCCCCCUCAUCAGAAACAAGCCUGCCCUACAAAUGGGUGGUGGAGGCGGCAAACCUCCUCAUCCCUGCUGUGGGGUCCAGCCUCUCGGAAGCCCUGGACUUGAUUGAGUCGGACCCUGAUGCUUGGUGUGACUUGAGUAAAUUUGAUCUUCCUGAAGAACCAUCUGCUGAGGGCAGUGUCAACAGCAGUCCAGUGCGACCCCAGACAUCACAGCAGCAAGAACAGGCACUGUCAUCCCAUGAGACUGCCACACCGGGGCCCAGCAUGACUGAGUAUCGGCUCGAUGGCCACACUAUUUCAGACCUGAGCCGGAGCAGCCGGGGGGAGCUGAUCCCCAUUUCCCCGAGCACUGAGGUUGGAGGCUCAGGCAUUGGCACACCACCUUCAGUGCUCAAGCGACAGAAGAAACGGCGCGUGGCCCUGUCACCUGUCACAGAAAACAGUGCCAGCCUGUCCUUCCUGGACUCUUGUAACAGUCUUACCCCGAAGAGCACGCCUGUCAAAACCCUUCCGUUCUCUCCUUCCCAGUUUCUGAACUUCUGGAACAAGCAGGAUACCCUGGAGCUAGAGAGCCCUUCACUGACGUCCACUCCAGUGUGCAGCCAGAAGGUGGUGGUCACCACACCCUUGCACAGGGAUAAGACACCCCUGCAUCAGAAGUAUCCAUCGUUUGUAACCCCAGAUCAGAAGUACUCCAUGGACAACACUCCCCACACGCCAACCCCGUUCAAGAAUGCCCUGGAGAAGUAUGGACCACUGAAGCCCCUGCCGCAGACUCCACACCUGGAAGAGGACUUGAAGGAAGUGCUACGUUCUGAGGCUGGCAUUGAGCUCAUUAUUGAGGAUGAUGUGAGGCCUGAGAAGCAGAAAAGAAAGCCUGGGCUGCGGCGAAGCCCUAUCAAGAAAGUUCGAAAGUCUCUGGCUCUUGACAUUGUGGAUGAAGAUGGGAAGCUGAUGUCUACACUUCCCAAAACUCUGUCCUUGCCAACAAGUAUCCCAUCCAGCUCCUCUAGCUUCACCCUGCCAGGUAUCAAAGAGGAUAACAACCUGCUCAACCAGGGGUUCCUGCAGGCCAAACCUGAGAAAGUGGUGGCCACCCAGAAGCCCCGGAGCCAUAUUCCAGCCCCUGCCCCUAUGACCAGCGCCUGGAAGAUGGUGGCCUGUGGGGGCACCAAAGACCAGCUCUUCAUGCAAGAGAAAGCCCGGCAGCUCCUGGGCCGCCUGAAGCCCAGCCACACAUCUCGGACCCUCAUCCUGUCCUGAAGGGCUUGGAGGGCACAGACCUGUUCUCAUGUUUACAGGGGCUGGGGGGGGGGGGGGUAAGGCUUGCUUUGAAAUCACAUUCAGGUGAUCAGCUUCAGGAAGUCGCCAGCUGCCCUCAGACUACUCAGGUGGCAGCAGAAGUAACACACACUAUAUCCUGUCCCCAGGUCUAUCUUUGGGAAGUUAGUUCCUGGUGCUAAAAGAACAAAAUCCCACUCCUGGGCCUAUCUGUUCUGUCCCCAAAGCCACUACUAGGAACCCCGUUAGCUUCUCCCGAGCUCUCAUCAGGACUGGCUUCAUCUCAGACCCCUGCUUAGGAUCGGGGACGUGGCUAGGAGUGUUCCGUUUUUCAUCCCCUUUUGGUCUAUUCUCUCCACAAUAAAGUACCCUUCUCCCUGUGUA